CCCGCCCGGUGGCCCGGCCGCCGCGUCGCUCCGCAUGGGCGGCUACCUGGGCAGGCCGGGGUCCCCGCCGUCGUCCCCGGCCCGGGCGCGCGCGCACGCCACCGAGCAGGUGCAGCGCGUCCACCGCGCCCACCCCGCGCCGCGGCACCGGCCCCCCCGGAGGCCGCCCGGCCGGGACCCCGCGGGCCGCGUCGACGAGGCCUGGAGGCGCUUCCCCCUGAAGAGGCCCCGCAACGCCAUCGUGGGGCCGCUGCCGUCGGACUGGUGGGACAGCUACUUCAGGCGCAGCGUCUGGUCCCUCCGGCACCCGCGGGCGCGGCGGAGCCCGGUCACCGUGAGGAUCGCGCCCCCCGAGCCCUGGCCCACGCGCGCGAUCCGCUCCGCUGGGCCCCCGGCCUCCGAGAAGCCCCCGGACCCCUGCGCAAAGGAAACGGUGCUGCGGGCGCUCCGGGGGUGCACGAAGGGGAGGGCGGGCUGGGCAGACCCGCCGCGUCCCGGGGGCCUGCAGGCCGCCAGGCGGAGCCCGGACCCCAGGCCGUCCGCCUUUCGGCCCCUGCUGAGAAACGGGGUCCUCGCGUCUUUCCAGCCCCGGCCGGGGCCGCUGAGGAGAAGCCCGGACUCCCUGGGCCCGGACCGCAGCGCGAGCGGGGGCCCCGGCUGCCCCUCCCGGAGCCCCGAGGCCCGCGCGCACUCGGGGGGCCCCCCGUGCUCCCCGAGAAACGCCAUCAGCAGCUCUUACAGCUCGUCCAGACCGCUCGGCGCGCCCGGGAAGCGAAGGGCGCCCGGUGCGGCCCUGCAGCCCCCAGAACGGCCGGUGAGAAAGAAGGGAAAGGGUCGCCGGUCGCCGUCUCCAGGGCCACCGCCAGCGGCCAGGUCCCCGGCGGCGGCCGGCGGCUCUGAGCCGCAGGGUCAGGGGCCUCCGCGGCCGCCGCGCAGCCCUGGGACCCCGAGUCCACCUCCCGGGCUCGGCGACGCGGACCCUGACGAGGACCAGGCCUCGGGGCGCGAAGGCGGGCUCCGGUGGAGCAGUACAGCCCGAGAGGACGGGACCGAGGUCCCCACACGCUGCGUCCCCGAGCCGGGCUCCGCCGCUCAGCCUGCCGCGUCUCCCGGUCCGCCCGGGGCAGGCACAGCUCGAACCCAGGACGCGGAUCCGCGGUCGGGAAGCUUCGCAGAGACACGGGAGCCUCCGGCGGCCUCGCCACAGUCCCCUGGCCGGGCGGUCCCUGCGGCGCUCUCGCCCCUGAAGGAAGUCAGCCCGCUGCCCUCCCGCGGCUGCUCGCCGCCAGAGCCCCUUCCGCGCCCCUCUUCUGACUCCGAGUCCGCAGCCACCUGGCUCCGUCUGACCCCUGCUUCCGCCCCGCCGCCAGCCUCGGACGCCACCAGGCCACCCCCCGCGGCCCAGGCCGGCGCGCCCCCGGAGCGGCCGGCCCUCACCCCCGCACCGCCCGCCGUGCAAAGGGUGGCCUUUCUGGGCGGCCGGGCUCCCCUCCCCCCUGCACCUGCGCCUCCUGCGGCAGCUUCUGCCCACCCCACGCCAAACCCCACUUGGGGGCUCCCGCCCAACGGCGAGAUCGGAGACUCCUUACAUCCCGGCAUUUCGGCCGCCGCCUUGGCACCUCCAGCCCCGGGUCUCCCGACCCCUACCUUCAGGCCCGUCUUUGGCCGCGGAGGACCCCGUCAAACCGGGCCCGGGGUAGCUCCUUCCUCUUCCGAGCACACCUCUCCCCCCGCUCCCCCUGCUCCCCCCCAUCUCCUCCGCAGCCUGCUCAAGGCUACCGCCGUCGUGGGGUCCGCCACCCCGGCCCGCGCUUGCCAAGACUCUCCUUUCCCGCCCCCCGUGGACGUCGGCGCGGCGAGUCUCAGCGGUGCCGCGGACCAGGCCGACCGCGCCCCUGCCUGCCGCGCGUUCCUUCUCGGGGCCUCCUGUGCCUUCAGGGCCUGCUUCUCCCAAGCCACAAGCUUCAUCUUCCCCCCAUACCCGCGUGCCCCCGUCCCUGGCGUCCACACGGUCACCAUCUUCAGCCAGGUUCUUUCCGGCGCUGUGCAGAUGCCCCCUCGUAAGAGCUCUGCCGACGUGCGGGGCCCGCCUCUGCCAGCCUCGGUGUUCGCGGCCGGGAGCCGGUCGGCACUAACGGCCCGAACCUCCGGCGUCGGCUCCGCACUCCCCGCGCCCUCGGGGGCGGGCUCAAGGCCCCCCUUCCCACCCUCCCCAGGAGCCCCUCUCCAGCCGGCACUUGGGGCUCCAGAUGGGCAGGAGCGGGGGGCACCCCCGGCCCCGCCGGGCCCGAGCGUCACUAGUCCUUUCGGUCCGGGGACGUGGGCAACGGCAGCCCCCGCCCCGCCCCGGGCUGGGCCAGCCUUCGGUAAGACCGCGCGGUCGGCCUCUGGGGGUCUGACGCCCUCCGCCUCCCCCUGUCGCGUCCCCUCCGCCCCCUCCGGCGGCGUCCCGCCAAACUUGGGCAGCGCUCCGGCGGGGUCUCCCCUUGGCCAAACCGGCGCAGCCGGCUUUGGAGCUGUCGCCCAGACCCGCCGGAGCGGGGCCGCCGGCUCCGUGUUCGGCAGCACGGCCCCCCGGCCUUUUGCCUUCGGGGGAUUGGUGACCCCUAUGGACUGCGGGGAGUCCGGGGUCAGUGUGACCGCCCCGGACAGGAGCUCCGACUCGGGAGCGUUCGGCACCGCAGCACUGCGAAGUGGGACCACGGGCGCCGCCCUCUCGCCCUUUGGGAAAGUCCGGAGCCAGAACACCCGGGGCCUGGCCAGCCAGAGCAAGCCUUUGGUCUUGGGGAGGACCAACACCUCGGCAAGAAAGACUAUGUUUGGGGCCCCCGGCAUGGCCCCCUUUGUUCAGAGCACCGCUGUCCCCGGGCCCCUUACCAGGAGCAGUGGCCUUGGCUUUGGGAUGGCCUCUCCACCUGCCCGCAGUUCUGUUGGGAGAGGACCUUUCAGACCAUCGGCCUCUUCAUUUUCCAUUGGAGCAAAAUCAAAAACCCCAAAGAGUUGGGAACAGGGGCAUUCCCGAAGGCAUCGCGCCCACAAGAAGUAGCCGGUGCCGCCCCCCCCCCCCCCCCCCCCCCCCCCCCCCCCCCCCCCCCCCCCCCCCCCCGUCCCCUGGUCUGGGCCUCCGUAUUGUGACGAGCUCGGUGCCCUCCAGUUCUCUAAAGCAAACAUACCCCAGAUCUAAGGCUGGAGCUUCCACUAACCCUGAUCCAUCAUCUAGAAGAAAUCAGAGGACCAAGUACCUUGUGGUAACAGCGGAAUGAAACCGGGUGGAACCAAACCUCUGGAGUUGAAGAAACUCCCUUUCUUGCCCACUCCUCUCUGUGUCAGGAAUGCCUACCCUGACUUGGCGUCGCUUUGUGCUUCGAUGAGUCCCGGAGGAGCUUUUGACAUAAUGUGACCUUGAAUCGAACUUGAUGAAAUCUGCCGUAAUUUUCCUUGACUGACCAACCCUCAAGGGCACCGAGAUGGGCUUCUCUUGCUUACCCCUUUCCCCCCCACCCCAAGCUGUUCCAGUCUCUUCCCAGGAGCGGUGUCCCAGGCCCUUCCCCGUCCCUUUCUCUGCCCAUUUAGCCCCUAAGAGCUUGGCAAGUCAAGACUCAGUCCCUCCCAUCCCAGCGGCCACUCCCCAUUCCAGAAAAGGAAAGCCCCGGGCCAGUCUCCUUCCAGGUCGGGCGCUCUCUGGCGCGUCCGUGCGGAGACGCGCGCUCAUGGCUCCGCGCAUUUCCUGCUUGGAGCUGGGUUUGGAGGCGGGAUGGCCUGUAGGGACGGUGCCACGUGGGUAGAGCCAGAGCACGCGUAAAAAAGGUCUCCGGGACCCGGCCGACGGUAGGGGGCGCGCCGCCCCACUUAAGGGCUGCGCGUGUUGGUUCCUGAAUUCACCGCAGUGUUUUGACGUGAAGGGAUGACUUCUCUCUCCCCAUUAAAGGUCACGAUCCUUGCGGCCGGAGCCAGAACUGCCCAAGUUAGGGAACCGAAGUCUACACUUCAUUUUUUUUUUUUUUUCUUGUAAUUUCUACCUGGCGAGAUCACCGCUCCACACGCACAUCUCUCCCGGAGGGGACAGGCAGGGGCAGGAAGCCUCUAGCCCCUGAGAAGCAAGGGAGAACAGCAGAUACCCGGCAGACCUCUGUUCCCUAACCAAGGGGAGUAAGAAGGAACACAGUCCUCAGCACUAGUGAACCCACGAAAGGAGGCGAGAAUGACGCCCGCGCUCCGUCUAUCUCCUGCCUUAUGGAUCCCUUGGAAGAGGCCCAGGGGGAAAAAGAAUCUUAAACCGGUGGAUGCCACGCAAAUAAAAUUUUGAAAUAAG